CAUACAGAAGGAUGCCUGCUCUCCAUUGGUCUCAGCCCGAAAGCUGUCUCUCAAGCGAGCAGGACCAUUUGGGAGCACUUGUGUGCAUGUAACUUAUUUAUUGUAUCAAUAAAAAUAUGCACACUGUAUAGGCUAAUCUAUACUCGGGCUCAAAUUCAUCUUCAGACAGAAACCGGCAUUUAAAGCAAGGACGAUCCGUUGCAAGCGAGGGCUGACACCGGCUAUUAACGGUAUCCAUUUAGGCGUCUUUGACACUUUCUGACACAGCACAUUCACCGUCCCCAACCCCAGCUCCACCAUGCUGACUGGUCUGUUCCGUAUGCACGGCAUGCUGGUGGCCUCCCACCCCUGGGAGGUGAUCGUAGGCACCGUCACCCUCACCAUCUGCAUGAUGUCCAUGAACAUGUUCACCGGCAACGACCAGAUCUGCGGCUGGAACUACGACUGCCCCAAAAUGGAGGAGCUGGUUCUAAGCAGUGACAUCAUCAUUCUGACCAUCACACGGUGCAUAGCCAUCGUGUACAUCUACUUCCAGUUCCAGAAUCUACGGCAACUAGGAUCCAAAUAUAUUCUAGGUAUCGCUGGACUGUUCACCAUAUUCUCCAGCUUCGUAUUCAGCACUGUCGUGAUUCACUUCCUGGAUAAAGAACUCACUGGCCUCAAUGAGGCCUUACCGUUCUUCCUGCUCCUCAUCGACCUCUCCAAAGCAUGCGCUCUCGCCAAGUACGCACUCAGUUCAAACUCACAGGACGAGGUGCGCGACAACAUCGCCCGUGGCAUGGCCGUCCUGGGGCCCACGUUCACUCUGGAUGCCUUGGUGGAAUGCCUGGUGAUCGGGGUGGGCACCAUGUCAGGUGUGCGUCAGCUGGAGAUCAUGUGUUGUUUUGGCUGCAUGUCUGUCCUGGCCAACUACUUUGUCUUCAUGACAUUCUUCCCUGCCUGCGUCUCCCUGGUCCUAGAGCUGUCCAGGGACAGUCAGGAGGGUCACCCCAUCUGGCAGCUGAGCCACUUCUCCCGCGUGAUGGAGGAAGAGGAGGAUAACAAACCCAACCCUGUCAGCCAGAGAGUCAAGAUGAUCAUGUCUCUGGGCCUGGUAAUGGUGCACGCCCACAGCCGUUGGAUUGCCGACCCUCUCUCCCUCAACUCCAACCUGGACGUCCCCCAGGUGGGCUCCAUGUCCCUGGACGACCAUGUACCCAAGAGGAUCGACCCCGAGAGACCCCUCUGGCAGUUCUACAUGUCAAGGUUGGUCAGCAUGGAUAUAGAACAGGUGAUCUGUCUGGGCCUGGCCCUGCUGCUGGCCGUCAAGUACAUCUUCUUCGAGCAAGUAGAGCUGGAGUCCACCCUGUCUCUGAAGAGCCCCAUGUCCCUGUCCCAGGGGCCUGACCGUGCCCCCCGCUGGGGCACAGACCAGUGCUGCAGGAAGGAGGUUGCCCCCUGCCCCCCCAAGUCCCCCCUCAGGCCCGCCACCCCCACCACCACACCCCCCGCCCUGGCUGAGGCCACCAAGGAGGAGAGAGCCGAGGUGAUCCGGCCGCUGCCUGCCCCGACCACCGAACCCCAGCCCACCAAGAGGGUCUUCCGUCUGGGCUCUGUGGAGGAGGAGAGGGAGAGCCAGGUGGAGACCCCCAGAGCAGACCCCUCUCAGCCCGCUCAGCCCAGCCGAACCUCAGACCCCAGACCACUGGAGGAGUGCCUGGCCAUCCUAAAAAACCCUGAGAUGGGAGCCCGAUUCCUGAGUGAUGAUGAGGUGGUGGUUCUGGUGAACUCUAAACACAUCCCUUCCUACAAGCUGGAGGCCAUGAUGGAGAGACCAGAGAGAGGGGUAGCCAUCCGUAGACACAUGAUCUCCUCCAAGCUCCCCAACACCUCCGCCCUCUCCGCUCUGCCCUACCUGGACUACGACUACUCUAAGGUGAUGGGGACCUGCUGUGAGAAUGUGAUUGGAUACAUGCCCGUUCCAGUAGGUGUGGCUGGGCCUCUUCACCUCGACGGGAAGCAGUUUCAGGUCCCCAUGGCGACCACAGAAGGCUGCCUGGUGGCCAGCACCAACCGGGGCUGUCGCGCUAUCGCCUUGGGUGGCGGUGCAAGCAGUCGUAUCCUGGCGGACGGGAUGACCAGGGGUCCUGUGAUUAGGUGCCCGUCGGCCUGCUUGGCUGCAGAGGUCAAGGGCUGGCUGGAGAGCACCGACGGAUUCCAGGCCAUCAAGGACGCCUUCGACCACACCAGCAGGUUUGCUCGUCUGCAGAAGCUCAUGAUCGGUCUCGCUGGUAGAAACCUUUACAUCCGCUUCCAGUCCAGAACAGGAGACGCCAUGGGAAUGAACAUGAUCUCUAAGGGAACAGAGCAGGCUCUGGCCAGGUUACAGGAGCAGUAUCCUGAGCUGGUGGUUCUAGCUGUCAGUGGGAACUACUGCACCGACAAGAAGCCUGCAGCCAUCAACUGGAUCGAGGGCCGGGGCAAGUCUGCUGUGUGCGAGGCCACCAUCCCAGCUAAAGUGGUCAAAGAGGUGUUGAAGACCAGCACUGAAGCCCUGGUAGAUGUCAACAUUAACAAGAACCUGGUAGGUUCAGCCAUGGCUGGAAGUAUCGGCGGCUACAAUGCACACGCAGCCAACCUAGUGGCAGCCAUCUACAUCGCCUGUGGACAGGACCCAGCCCAGACGGUGGGCAGCAGUAACUGCAUCACUCUGAUGGAGGCGUCGGGUCCUACAGGAGAAGACCUCUACAUCAGCUGUACCAUGCCCUCCAUAGAACUAGGGACCGUAGGAGGAGGAACCAUCCUGGCACCACAGCAAGCCUGUCUGCAGAUGCUGGGCGUGCAAGGUGCCAGUCAGGAGUGCCCUGGGGAGAACGCCAGGCAGCUGGCCAGGGUGGUGUGCGGCACGGUGCUGGCAGGAGAGCUGUCCCUCAUGGCUGCCCUCGCCGCCGGGCACCUCGUCAAGAGUCACAUGACCCACAACAGGUCCAAGGUAAACCUGCAAGAAACAACCCCUGGCACCUGUACCAAGAAGGCAUCUUGAGAUGUUAUGGAUCAUAAUGGUUCUCUGGCUGUUGGGGUAUAGAGUGGAGAGAGAGACCUUCCCUGGGACCAGCACAACACAACAGAACCGAGGACUGAGUCCCAACUGGCACCCUAUUCUCAUUAUAGGGCUCUGGUCAAAAGAAGUGCACUAUAAAGGGAAUAGGACGCCAUUUAGAACACAGCCAAGAACAAGGAGCAUCACGUCUGGACAGAAACACAGAUACAUAUUUCAUAUUUAACACUAUUUCGUCAUGUUUAAAAAAACACAAGGUGGUCAUUCAAAGUGCUGUCCUUUUCCCAGAUCAGUCUACUUAUCAUCAUGCCUCAUUGUGCUGGAAAGUGGAAAGGAAAUUGAAACACAACGUCUGAAAUCAGACAGAUUCUCUCUCUCUGGAGUAUUUUUGUAUUGUGAAUGAACUUUUAUUUUUUAUUUUAAAGCAGUUGACUAUGAGCACUUAAUAAUCACUGACAUGUACACGUUAGCACCAGGCUUUGUUUUUGAUAGUGCUUGGGUUGAUGGUUCGAUGCCGAAGCUGUUUACUGAGUACCUAAGAGUUGAGUUUAGCCACAGCAGAACUGUGACAGAAUGGUAGAGUUCUGUUAGCCUGGUCCCAGAUCUGUUUGUGCUCUUGUCCACUCUAUUGUCAUUGCCAAGCCAAACAUGUUUAGCAUGACAAUUCCAUACGGAGUUGGCAAGAGAGCAGGAACAGAUUGGCACCCAGGCUAGAGUUCUGUACCGUAACAGAACUCGAAUUCUAGAUUGUCUUCAAAGAAACAGUGACAUUCAACGAAAGCUGGAGAUUGUCAUUCUGAAAAAGUAUACCUUAACGUUUUUGAUUAAUGUACUUGCAAAUUGUUUGAAUUGCCAAAUACAGUCUUCGUAACCUAAAAAAGUAAUUCCCUAAAAACAAAGCUUUAGCCUUUUUCUCUUACAAGAACUUGAGUUGUAUAAGGUGUGCAAUGCUAGGGAGAAAAUAGACAUUUAGCACUUUUUUAAGGUUAUAGAGACACAGGCAUGUAUGCAGAUACAGGUGCUACAAUAAGCUAUCUAAUAAGAUAUGACGCUGGCUUGAGUGGGUAGACUGACCAGUGUUACUGUGGAAAAGAACAGUGUGAACAAGUGGCACUGACUACACAAAAGACAACUAACCGGUUUGGCUUCAAAUGUCUGCCACUUUUAAAAUGGAUGCCGCCUCCUGUGUAACUAGCUACAGUAUGUGCACUAUGUACUGUUUCAAAGCCAUGUCUUUGGACGGUCAGAAACGGCUGUUUCAAACCCAUGUCUUUGGACGGUCAGAAACGGCUGUUUCAAAGCCAUGUCUUUGGAUGGUCAGAAACGGCUGUUUCAAAGCCAUGUCUUUGGACGGUCAGAAACGGCUGUUUCAAACCCAUGUCUUUGGAUGGUCAGAAACGGCUGUUUCAAAGCCAUGUCUUUGGAUGGUCAGAAACGGCUGUUUCAAACCCAUGUCUUUGGACGGUCAGAAACGGCUGUUUCAAACCCAUGUCUUUGGAUGGUCAGAAACGGCUGUUUCAAACCUAUGUCUUUGGAUGGUCAGAAACGGCUGUUUCAAACCCAUGUCUUUGGAUGGUCAGAAACGGCUGUUUCAAACCCAUGUCUUUGGACGGUCAGAAACGGCUGUUUCAAAGCCAUGUCUUUGGACGGUCAGAAACGGCUGUUUCAAAGCCAUGUCUUUGGACGGUCAGAAACGGCUGUUUCAAAGCCAUGUCUUUGGACGGUCAGAAACGGCUGUUUCAAACCCAUGUCUUUGGAUGGUCAGAAACGGCUGUUUCAAAGCAAUGUCUUUGGACGAUUCAGAAACGGCUGUUUCAAACCCAUGUCUUUGGACGGUCAGAAACGGUGGGGAAAGGGAAAACAGUCAUGGUUGAUUGAUUGUGUGAGUCACAGACUGCUGGUUUGUACACAUUUCUAAUGGUGAAUGUGUAGAUCUGAUCUGAGCAUUAUAUUUCUUUAGUCAAUGAUGUAUUUCUCAUAUAUUUUGUAAUAAAAAAAAAUGAAUUUACAAUAAAAAUGUACAAUAGAAAACAAA